GUUCUUCUUGGAUAUUUCUGGGUCAUGUGGAUAUAGUAUUGCACAACAGGCUGCUCUUUUCCACAGUAUCAAGUCAUUGUUCAUGAACAAACCGCUGAUUAUAGUUUGCAAUAAAACCGAUUUGCAGCCGUUAGAUGGCAUAUCUGAAGAAGACAUGAAGUUGGUCAUGGAGAUGAAAUCUGAAGCUAUGAAGACUGUGAUAGGUCAAGGUGGGGAUUCUACAAAUGAUGAGGAGGUACUCUUGACCAUGAGCACUUUGACUGAAGAUGGAGUAAUUGCAGUAAAGAAUGUGGCUUGUGAGAGGUUAUUAAAUCAAAGAGUGGAAUUGAAAAUGAAGUCUAAAAAGAUAAGUGAUUGUUUGAAUCGCUUUCAUGUUGCAAUGCCAAAGCCACGCGAUCAGAAAGAAAGGCCACCUUGUAUACCUCAGGCAGUCUUGGAAGCUAAGGCUAAGAAAGAAGUGGAUCAGGAGAAGAGGAAGCUCGAGAGGGAUUUGGAGAACGAGAAUGGUGGAGCAGGUGUAUAUUCUGCUAGCUUGAGGAAACAUUAUGUUUUAGCAAAUGAUGAAUGGAAAGAAGACAUAAUGCCAGAAAUUCUUGAUGGGCACAAUGUAUAUGAUUUCGUUGAUCCCGAUAUCUUGCAAAGGCUCGAGGAGUUGGAGCAGGAAGAAGGUCUUCGUCAGGAUCAGGAUGAAGGUGAGGAUGUGGAUAUGGAUGGCACCGAACUGACCCCAGAAGAACAAGAAGCGCUGGCUGAGAUUCGUAAAAAGAAAAGUUUGCUUAUUCAACAGCAUAGGAUCAAGAAAAGCACUGCAGAGAGCAGACCAAUGGUACCAAGGAAAUUUGACAAAGACAAGAAGUUCACAUCAAUGAGAAUGGGAAGGCAGGUAUCAUCUUUGGGGCUUGAUCCGACUCUUGCAAUUAACCAAGCUCGUAGCCAGUCAAGGGGACGUAAGAGGGAGAGAUCUCUUGACCGUGGAAAUAAUGAUGGUGGUGAUGCCAUGGAUGCCGAACAACCUAACAAGAAGCUUCGGACCUUGUCUAGAUCCCGGAAGUUUCACGACUCCUUUCACUACUCCGGCACCGCCUGCACCGAGUUUCACAAAGGUCAGUGUGUCAAGGGCGACUCGUGCGAGUUCGCUCACGGCGUAUUGGAGUACUGGUUCCACCCUGCUCACUAUCGUACGCAGCCUUGUAAGGACGGUACGCAGUGUCGCCGCCGAGUCUGUCUCGCCACCCAUGUCGCCGAACUCGGUGAGUGAACUCGCUGCUUCUAUGAGGAGUAUGCAGAUUGGGAAGGUGAAUAUAAACAUGAGUCAGCCUGCUUUUGGUUUUCAAAUGCUGGGUUUUGCUCGCCCCGAGGUAGUGAAGAAGAGUGAAGGUAUGUGUAGAGAAUUUUAGCGGACUAGGUUGAGGUCCGGCGGGCGGCUAAGGUGAGGUUGCCGCCCGCCGGGGAAGCAAAAAAUAUUAGGUUCUAAACCUG